AUGGCAUUUGGUGGUGGAGAGCGGCGUCCUCAUCACCCCAGGCGCCCCCAUCACCCAGGCGCCCCCACACCCCGGGCGUCCUCAUCACCCCAGGCGCCCUCAUCACCCCAGGCGUCCCUCAUCACCCCAGGCGCCCUCAUCACCCCAGGCGUCCCCAUCACCCCAGGCGCCCCAUCACCCCAGGCGCCCUCAUCACCCCAGGCGUCCCCAUCACCCCUGGGCGCCCUCAUCACCCCAGGCGUCCUCAUCACCCCACGUCCCUCAUCACCCAGGCGCCCCUCAUCACCCCAGGCGUCCUCAUCACCCCAGGCGUCCCUCAUCACCCCAGGCGCCCUCAUCACCCCAGGCGUCCCUCAUCACCCCCAGGCGCCCUCAUCACCCCAGGCGCCCUCAUCACCCCAGGCGCCCCAUCACCCAGGCGUCCUCAUCACCCCAGGCGCCCCACCCCCAGGCGCCUCAUCACCCAGGCGUCCUCAUCACCCCAGGCGCCCUCAUCACCCCAGGCCCCAUCAACCCAGGUCCUCAUCACCCCAGGCGCCCCCAUCACCCCAGGCGCCCACAUCCCCAGGCGCCCCUCAUCACCCCAGGCGCCCCAUCACCCCAGGCGCCCUCAUCACCCCAGGCGUCCUCAUCACCCAGGCGCCCUCAUCACCCCAGGCGCCCUUCACACCCCAGGCGCCCUCAUCACCCCCGGGCGUCCCCAUCACCCCAGGCGUCCUCAUCACCCCAGGCGCCCUCAUCACCCCAGGCGCCCUCAUCACCCCAGGCGCCCUCAUCACCCAAGGCGUCCUCAUCACCCCAGGCGCCCCCAUCACCCCGGGCGUCCUCAUCACCCCAGGCGUCCUCAUCACCCCAGGCGCCCUCAUCACCCUAGGCGCCCCUCACAGGCGUCCCAUCACCAGGCGUCCUCAUCACCCCAGGCGCCCCUCAUCACCCCGGGCGUCCCCCAUCACCCCAGGCGUCCGCAUCACCCCAGGCGCCCUCAUCACCCCCGGGCGCCCCUCAUCACCCCGCGCCCUCAUCACCCCAGGCGUCCCCAUCACCCCAGGCGUCCCUCAUCACCCCAGGCGCCCCCAUCACCCCGGGCGCCCCAUCACCCCAGGCGCCCUCAUCACCCCAGGCGUCCCCAUCACCCAGGCGUCCCCAUCACCCCAGGCGUCCCUCAUCACCCCCAGGCGUCCUCAUCACCAAGCGCCCUCAUCACCCCCCCGGGCGUCCUCAUCACCCCCAGGCGCCUCAUCACCCCAGGCGCCCUCAUCACCCCAGGGCGUCCUCAUCACCCCAGGCGCCCUCAUCACCCCAGGCUCCCCAUCCCCAGGCGUCCCCAUCACCCCAGGCGUCCUCCACCCCAUGUCCAUCACCCCAGGCGCCCUCAUCACCCCAGGCGCCCUCAUCACCCCAGGCGCCCUCAUCACCCCAGGCGCCCUCAUCACCCCCAGGUGUCCCCAUCACCCCAGGCGCCUCACCCCGGGCGUCCUCAUCACCUCCCCAGGUGUCCCCAUCACCAGGUGUCGCCACUCACCUAUGCGUCACCAUCACCCCAGGUGCCGCCCGCCCAUCACCCCAGGUGUCACCAUCGCUCCAGGUGUCACCAUCACCCCAGGUGUCACCAUCACCCAGGUGUCACCAUCACCCCAGGUGUCACCAUCACCCCAUGUGUCACCAUCACCCAGGUGUCACCAUCACCCCAGGUGUCACCAUCACCCCAGGUCACCAUCACCCCAGGUGUCACCACAGGUGUCACCAUCGCUCCAGGUGCUGCCACCAUCCCCAGGUGUCACCAUCACCCCCAGGUGUCACCAUCUCGGCGUCACCAUCACCCCAGGUGUCACCAUCGCCCCAGGUGUCACCAUCGCCCCAGGUGUCACCAUCGCCCCAGGUGUCACCAUCGCCCCAGGUGUCACCAUCGCCCCAGGUGUCACCAUCGCCCCAGGUGUCACCAUCACCCCAGGUGUCACCAUCGCCCCAGGUGUCACCAUCGCCCCAGGUGUCACCAUCGCCCCAGGUGUCACCAUCGCCCCAGGUGUCACCAUCGCCCCAGGUGUCAUCAUCACCCCAGGUGUCAUCAUCACCCCAGGUGUCAUCAUCACCCCAGGUGUCAUCAUCACCCCAGGUGUCAUCACCAUCACCCCAGGUGUCACCAUCGCCCCAGGUGCCCAUCGCCCCAGGUGUCACCAUCGCCCCAGUGUCACCAUCGCCCCAGGUGUCACCAUCGCCCCAGGUGUCACCAUCGCCCCAGGUGUCACCAUCGCCCCAGGUGUCAUCAUCACCCCAGGUGUCACCAUCGCCCCAGGUGUCACCAUCACCCCAGGUGUCACCAUCGCCCCAGGUGUCACCAUCGCCCCAGGUGUCACCAUCGCCCCAGGUGUCACCAUCGCCCCAGGUGUCACCAUCGCCCCAGGUGUCACCAUCGCCCCAGGUAUCAUCAUCACCCCAGGUGUCAUCAUCACCCCAGGUGUCAUCAUCACCCCAGGUGUCAUCAUCACCGGUGUCACCAUCGCCCCAGGUGUCACCAUCACCCCAGGUGUCACCAUCGCCCCAGGUGUCACCAUCACCCCAGGUGUCACCAUCGCCCCAGGUGUCACCAUCGCCCCAGGUGUCACCAUCGCCCCAGGUGUCAACACAUCGCCCCAGGUGUCACCAUCGCCCCAGGUGUCAUCAUCACCCCCGGUGUCACCAUCGCCCCAGGUGUCACCAUCGCCCCAGGUGUCACCAUCGCCCCAGGUGUCACCAUCGCCCCAGGUGUCACCAUCGCCCCAGGUGUCACCCAUCGCCCCAGGUGUCACCAUCGCCCCAGGUGUCACCAUCGCCCCAGGUGUCACCAUCGCCCCAGGUGUCACCAUCGCCCCAGGUGUCAUCAUCACCCCAGGUGUCACCAUCGCCCCAGGUGUCACCAUCACCCCAGGUGUCACCAUCGCCCCAGGUGCCCACGCCCCAGGUGUCACCAUCGCCCCAGGUGUCACCAUCGCCCCAGGUGUCACCAUCGCCCCAGGUGUCACCAUCGCCCCAGGUGUCACCAUCGCCCCAGGUGUCACCAUCGCCCCAGGUGUCAUCAUCACCCCAGGUGUCACCAUCGCCCCAGGUGUCAUCAUCACCCCGGGUGUCACCAUCGCCCCAGUGUCACCAUAUCGCCCCAGGUGUCAUCAUCACCCCGGUGUCACCAUCGCCCCAGGUGUCAUCAUCACCCCGGGUGUCACCAUCGCCCCAGGUGUCAUCAUCACCCCGGGUGUCACCAUCGCCCCAGGUGUCACCAUCGCCCCAGGUGUCAUCAUCACCCCGGGUGUCACCAUCCCCAGGGUGUCAUCAUCACCGGUGUCACCAUCGCCCCAGGUGUCAUCAUCACCCCAGGUGUCAUCAUCACUCAGCCGUCGAAAUACAGAGUGUUUUACUGCCUGA